AUGGCUUCGGGGCUUUUCUUCGACCCGCUCAAGCUCCUCCGUGUUGCCCCGCUUCUCACCACCACAUCAGCGCUACUCUUUGCUUGGGAUGAGCACUGGUAUCUGUCUGGCUUCCUGCGCUCAGAGCACAAGUCCGAAACUGAGACGAUCCUCCCGAGUUACUUUCGUCGCUUCUUCGAACAGGGUGUCUUUAUCGUUGCCGGUCUCAACACCCUCACGAUCUCCACUACGGUCGGCAAUCUGCUGACUGAUCGUCCGGUACUGGACCGUCUCCGAUCUUCGCGAUGGUACUGGGCUGGCCUGGGCUUCACUGCUUGUCACUUUUUGUUCGUGCCUCUUAUCGCGUAUCCAAUUCGCGAUAUUAUGGAGAAUCGGUCUCAAGGAAAAAGCACAAAGGAUUUGCAGCGGUGGAUCGACAUUCAUCGUAUUCGGGUUUUUGUUGCUGAUUUGCCGGCAUGGAUGAGUUUCCUGGCCGCUGUACUUUCCACAAUUCACCUAUGA